AUGGGCGGUCCCCGUCCCCCGGGGAUGGGCGGGCCGCCGCCGCCCGGCAUGGGGGGCCCCGGCGGACCGAUGAUGGGCGGAGGGGGGGGGCAGGGACCGGGGCAGUUCCGCGGCGGGCCGCCGCCCGGGAUGCAAGGGGGAAGAGGUCCUGGAAUGGGCAUGAGAGGUCCACCUGGCAUGCCGCCGAUGGGUAUGGGGGGGAUGGGCAUGCACCACCCCCAGGGAGGCCCCGGCGGGCCCGGAAUGGGAGGAAUGGGUCAGCCUGGCAUGGGCGGCGGCUCCUUGUCGAUGGGCAUGGGAGCGAAACGGUACGGGCAGAAGCGCAAGUUCGGGUUCGUGGACGUGUACAAGGAGGAGAUGCCGGCGGAGCACGUGCGCAAGAUCAUCCGAGACCACGGGGACAUGACCUCGAAGAAGUUCCGGCACGACAAGAGGGUCUACCUCGGCGCUCUCAAGUUCGUGCCGCACGCCGUGUACAAGCUCAUGGAGAACAUGCCCAUGCCCUGGGAGGCCGUCCGCAACGUUCGGGUGCUGUACCACGUUACCGGUGCCAUCACCUUCGUGAACGAGAUCCCCCGCGUCAUCGAGCCGGUGUACAUCGCCCAGUGGGGCACGAUGUGGAUCAUGAUGAGGCGCGAAAAGAGGGACAGGCGGCACUUCAAGCGCAUGCGCUUCCCGCCCUUCGACGACGAGGAGCCUCCGCUUGACUACGGCGACAACGUGCUGGAUGUAGAACCCCUGGAGCCGAUCAACAUGGAGCUGGAUGACGAGGACGACCUUCCCGUGCUCGACUGGUUCUAUGACUCGAAGAACUACUGGUACCUGUUCGACAAGAAGGCGUUCUUCACGGCGAAGGCCCUCAACGUCGCCAUGCCCGGCGGGCCCAAGUUCGAGCCCCUGUUCCGCGACAUGGACCGCGACGAAGAGGACUGGAAUGAGUUCAACGACAUCAACAAGAUCAUCAUCCGCCACCAGAUCCGCUCCGAGUACCGGGUGGCCUUCCCGUACCUGUACAACUCCCGCCCCCGCGCGGUGCACCUGGCGCCGUACCACCACCCGGCCCUCUACUACCUCAAGUCGGAGGACCCCGACCUACCGGCGUUCUACUUCGACCCGGUGAUCAACCCAAUCAGCGCCUUCCGGUCCACGCGCACCUCCGGCUGGGAGGAAGAGGAAGAAGACGACGGGAGCUGGGAGGUGCGAGUGAGCUACCAGAAGCUGCUCAAGUGCUGGGUGCUGAACCAGAUCCACCACCGGCGCCCCAAGGCCCUCAACAAGAAGUUCCUCUUCAAGAGCCUCAAAUCCACCAAGUUCUUCCAGCAGACGGAGCUGGACUGGGUGGAAGUCGGGCUGCAGGUGUGCCGUCAGGGGUACAACAUGCUCAACCUCCUCAUCCACCGGAAGAGCUUGAGCUACCUCCACCUGGACUACAACUUCAACCUGAAGCCGGUCAAGACGCUGACGACCAAGGAGCGCAAGAAGUCCCGCUUCGGAAACGCCUUCCACCUCACCCAGGACCUGAAGCACCUGAUCUACUACCGCUUCAACACCGGACCCGUCGGAAAGGGUCCCGGGUGCGGCUUCUGGGCCCCCGGGUGGCGAGUCUGGAUCUUCUUCCUCAGGGGGGUCGUGCCGCUGAUCGAGCGGUGGCUGGGCAACCUGCUCGCGAGGCAGUUCGAGGGCAGGCAUUCUAAGGGCAUCGCCAAGUCGGUGACCAAGCAGAGGGUCGAGUCUCACUUCGACCUGGAGCUGCGAGCGGCGGUGAUGCACGAUAUCCUGGACAUGAUGCCCGAGGGCGUCAAGGCCAACAAGUCGCGCACAAUCCUGCAGCACCUGAGCGAGGCCUGGCGUUGCUGGAAGGCCAACAUCCCGUGGAAGGUGCCGGGUCUGCCGGCCCCCAUCGAGAACAUGAUCCUUCGCUACGUCAAGGCCAAGGCGGACUGGUGGACAAACAUCGCCCACUACAACCGCGAGCGCAUCAGGCGCGGCGCGACGGUGGACAAGACGGUGUGCAAGAAGAACCUGGGCAGGCUGACGCGGCUCUGGCUCAAGGCCGAGCAAGAGAGGCAGCACAACUACCUCAAGGAUGGUCCGUACGUGAGCCCCGAGGAGGCCGUGGCCAUCUACACCACCACCGUGCACUGGCUCGAGAGCCGCAAGUUCUCGCCCAUCCCCUUCCCCCCGCUGUCGUACAAGUACGACACGAAGCUCCUGAUCCUGGCGCUGGAGCGUCUGAAGGAAAAUUACAGCGUCAACUCCCGGCUCAACGCCAUCCAGAGGGAGGAGCUGGGUCUCAUCGAGCAGGCGUACGACAACCCUCACGAGGCUCUCAGCCGCAUCAAGCGGCACCUGCUCACCCAGCGCGCCUUUAAGGAGGUGGGUAUCGAGUUCAUGGACCUGUACAGCCACCUGAUCCCGGUGUACCACCUGGAGCCCCUGGAGAAGAUCACCGACGCCUACCUCGACCAGUACCUCUGGUACGAGGCGGACAAGCGACACCUCUUCCCCAACUGGAUCAAGCCCAGCGAUUCGGAGCCCCCGCCGCUCCUGGUGUACAAGUGGUCACAGGGGAUCAACAACCUUUCUGAGGUGUGGGAGACCGAGGCGGGGGAGUGCGUGGUGAUGCUCGAGACCAAGCUCGAGAAGGUCUACGAAAAGGUGGACCUGACGAUGCUGAACAGGCUGCUGCGGCUGAUCGUGGACCACAACAUCGCCGAUUACAUGACCGCCAAGAACAACGUCAUGAUCUCCUACAAGGACAUGAUGCACACGAACUCGUACGGCCUGGUGCGAGGGCUGCAGUUCGCCUCGUUCAUCUUCCAGUACUACGGCCUUGUGCUCGACCUCCUGCUGCUGGGGCUGACCAGGGCUUCCGAGAUCGCCGGUCCGCCCACCAUGCCGAACCAGUACCUGUCGUUCCGAGACACACCGACGGAGAUGCGGCACCCGAUCCGACUGUACACGCGGUACGUGGACAAGAUCUACAUGCUCUUCCGCUUCGACGCCGAGGAGGCGAGGGACCUCAUCCAGAGGUACCUCACGGAGCACCCGGACCCGAACAACGAGAACGUCGUCGGGUACAACAACCGCAAGUGCUGGCCCCGCGACCAGCGGAUGCGCCUCAUGAAGCACGACGUCAACCUCGGUCGAGCGACGUUCUGGGACAUCAAGAACCGCCUUCCGCGUUCCGUGACCACCGUGGAAUGGGACGACUCCUUCGUGAGCGUGUACUCGAGGGACAACCCCAACCUGCUCUACAACAUGAGCGGCUUCGAGGUGCGCAUCAAGCCGAGGAUUCGUAUGCUGGGAGAGGCGGCGGUACACGCGGACGGGGUGUGGAAGCUGCAGAACGACUCCACCAAGGAGAUGACGGCUCAGGCGUUCCUCCGGGUGGACGACACGUCGAUCCGGACGUUCGAGAACCGCAUCAGGCAGGUCCUCAUGUCCUCGGGAAGCACGACCUUCACCAAGAUCGCCAACAAGUGGAACACCGCCCUCAUCGGCCUCAUGACCUACUUCCGAGAGGCUGUCAUCAGCACCCAGGAAAUGCUGGACCUGCUGGUGAAGUGCGAAAACAAGAUCCAGACGCGGAUCAAGAUCGGGCUCAACUCCAAGAUGCCCUCGAGGUUCCCCCCCGUGGUGUUCUACACUCCCAAGGAGCUGGGAGGGCUGGGCAUGCUGAGCAUGGGGCACGUCCUCAUCCCGCAGAGCGACCUCCGUUACUCGAAGCAGACCGACGUCGGCGUGACGCACUUCCGGUCUGGCAUGAGCCACGAGGAGGAGCAGCUCAUCCCCAACCUCUUCCGGUAUCUGCAGCCGUGGGAGAGCGAGUUCGUGGACAGCCAGCGCGUGUGGGCGGAGUACGCGCUGAAGAAGCAGGAGGCGGUGGCGCAGAACCGCCGGCUUACCCUGGAGGACCUCGAGGAUUCGUGGGACAGGGGUAUUCCUCGCAUCAACACCCUGUUCCAGAAGGACCGGCACACUCUGGCGUACGACAAGGGAUGGCGCGUGCGGACGGACUUCAAGCAGUACCAGAUCCUCCGGCAGAACCCCUUCUGGUGGACACACCAGCGGCACGACGGGAAGCUGUGGAACCUCAACAACUACCGAACCGAUAUGAUCCAGGCUUUGGGAGGUGUGGAGGGUAUCCUGGAGCACACGCUGUUCAAGGGCACCUACUUCCCCACGUGGGAGGGUCUCUUCUGGGAGAAGGCUAGCGGGUUCGAGGAAUCGAUGAAGUACAAGAAGCUCACCAACGCCCAGCGAGCGGGUCUGAACCAGAUCCCCAACCGCCGCUUCACGCUCUGGUGGUCCCCGACCAUCAACCGAGCCAACGUCUACGUCGGUUUCCAGGUGCAACUGGACCUGACGGGCAUCUUCAUGCACGGCAAGAAUCCCCACAAAAUCCACGAGUCCGUCGUCAUGGACUUGUGUCAGGUCUUCGACCAAGAGCUGGACGCCCUGGACAUCGAGAACGUCCAGAAGGAGACCAUCCACCCCCGCAAGUCGUACAAGAUGAACUCCUCCUGUGCCGACGCCCUCCUCUUCGCGGCCUACAAGUGGACCAUCUCCAAGCCCUCCCUGUUGCACGACACCAAGGACCAGUACGACGGGACCACUAGCUCCGAGCCCACCGAGCCGUACCUGUCGAGCCAAAACUACGGAGAGCUCUUCUCCAACCAGAUCAUCUGGUUCGUGGACGACAGCAACGUGUACCGAGUCACCAUCCACAAGACGUUCGAGGGUAACCUGACGACCAAGCCCAUCAACGGGGCUAUCUUCAUCUUCAACCCGAGAACGGGACAGCUGUUCCUCAAGAUCAUCCACACCAGCGUUUGGGCGGGGCAGAAGCGCCUGGGGCAGCUCGCCAAGUGGAAGACCGCGGAAGAGGUGGCGGCCCUGAUCCGGUCGAUGCCUGUGGAGGAGCAGCCUAAGCAGAUCAUCGUGACCCGGAAGGGAAUGCUCGACCCGCUGGAGGUGCACAUGCUGGAUUUCCCCAACAUCGUCAUCAAGGGCUCGGAGCUGCAGCUGCCCUUCCAGGCGUGCCUCAAGGUGGAGAAGUUCGGGGACCUGAUCCUCAAGGCCACCGAGCCGCAGAUGGUGCUGUUCAACAUCUACGACGACUGGCUCAAGACCAUCUCCUCCUACACGGCGUUCUCGAGGCUCAUCCUCAUCCUCCGAGCUCUCCACGUCAACCAGGACCGGACAAAGGUGAUCCUGCGGCCGGACAAGACCGUGGUGACGCAGCAGCACCACGUCUGGCCCAGCCUCAGCGACGAGCAGUGGAUCAAGGUGGAGGUGGCGCUGAAGGACCUCAUCCUGGCGGACUACGGUAAGAAGAACAACGUCAACGUGGCCUCCCUCACGCAGUCCGAGGUUCGGGACAUCAUCCUCGGCAUGGAGAUCGCCCCUCCGUCGCUGCAGCGCCAGCAGAUCGCCGAGAUCGAGAAGCAGGCGAGAGAGCAAAGCCAGCUGACAGCAGUCACGACCAAGACGACGAAUGUGCACGGGGACGAGAUCACGGUCACCACAACCAGCCAGUACGAGCAGCAGACCUUCAGCAGCAAGACCGACUGGAGGGUGCGAGCCAUCUCGGCGACCAACCUGCACUUGCGGACGCACCACAUCUACAUCGACACGGACGACCUCCGGGAGGCGGGUUUGACGUACGUCCUGCCUAAGAACGUGCUGUCGAAGUUCAUCACGGUGUCCGACCUCAGGACGCAGAUCGCGGGGUAUCUGUACGGGGUGUCUCCUCCCGACAACCCCAGGGUCAAGGAGAUCCGCUGCAUCGCGGUGGUACCGCAGGUUGGAAACCACCAAUCGGUGACGCUUCCCCACCAGCUGCCGGACCACGACUACCUGGAGGGUCUCGAGCCGCUGGGAUGGCUGCACACGCAGCCCAACGAGCUGCCACAGCUGCCGCCGCAGGACGUCGUGGUGCACUCAAGGAUCAUGGCGGACAACAAGACGUGGGACGGAGAGAAGACGAUCGUGAUCACGUGCAGCUUCACGCCGGGUUCCUGCAGCCUGACCGCCUACAAGCUCACCCCGCAGGGCUUCGAGUGGGGCAAGGCGCACAGGGACGCCACCGCGGGGGCGCAGGGGUACGCGCCGACUCACUACGAGAAGGUUCAAAUGCUGCUGUCGGACCGGUUCCUCGGAUUCUUCAUGGUGCCGGAGGAUGACCGCUGGAACUACAACUUCAUGGGCGUCAGCCACUCGGUCGGCAUGAAGUACGCGCUCAAGCUCGACAACCCCAAGGGCUUUUACCACGAGCUCCACCGGCCGUCACACUUCUUGAAUUUCACCUCCAUGGAGGACGUGGAACAAGCGGCCGAGGCUGACCAUGAGGACUUCUUCCAGUAG